UUGGAUUUCUGAUUGAGCACAUUGUGCUCUUGGCUUUCUUUUUCGCCAGCAGCAGGGCUUCAAGAUGCCAUUGAAACGAGACCCAAAGAAGAAAGCCGAGGACAUCGCUGCCGUGUACGAGCUGAGAGAAAAGCUCGGAGAGGGCUCUUUUUCAGAGGUUCGAGUGGCGCAGCACCGGUGCUCUCAGAAGCUUGUAGCUGUCAAGUGCAUCCGCAAGAGGGCGCUAAAGGGCAAGGAAUCAAUGCUGGAGAACGAGAUAACGGUGCUGCGCAAAAUCCAUCAUGAAAACAUUAUUUCUUUGGAGGAGACUUUUGAAACAUCUUCAAAGCUGUAUUUGGUGAUGACACUGGUGACAGGGGGAGAGCUGUUGGACAGGAUCCUUGAGAAGGGCAUUUACACAGAGAGAGAUGCCAGCCGUGUCAUCAGCCAGGUGCUGGAGGCAGUCAGGUACCUGCAUCAGCUGGGCAUCGUCCACAGGGACCUCAAGCCUGAGAAUCUGCUGUACGAGACUCCACUGGAAGAUUCCAAGAUUGUCAUCAGUGACUUUGGCCUGUCCAAGAUGGAUGACCAGGGCAUGUUGUCCACCACCUGUGGGACACCUGCAUACGUGGCUCCAGAGCUUCUGCAGCAGAAGACAUAUGGUAAAGAGGUGGACCUCUGGGCGGUUGGAGUCAUCUCUUUUAUUCUACUCUGUGGAUACCCGCCAUUUUACGACGAGAACGACACACAGCUCUACAAGCAGAUCAUCAAGGCUGAAUAUGAGUUCGACUCGCCAUACUGGGACGAAAUCUCAGACUCAGCGAAAGACUUCAUAGUGCACUUACUGCAGAAGGACCCGAAGAAGAGGUACAAUUGUGAAGAGGCCUUGCAGCAUCCUUGGAUAUCAGGAGGAGCUGCUCUGGAGAGAGACAUCCAUGGGUCUGUCAGCUUACAGAUUCAGAAGAACUUCGCCAAGAGCCAUUGGAAGAGAGCGUUUAAUGCGACUAUGGUGGUGCGCCACCUCAGCAAGAAGGCCCACGUCUCAGAGGAGGAUGGGGGAGGCGGCACCCCUGGAAAAGCCUUCCAGUCACCACUAGAGUGAUCCACUGCCAGUACACAGUAACCAGACCACUGGGCCUCACAGUGGUAACCACAGUAACCAGACCACUGGUCCUCAGGCCAGACAGUAUGUCAGUGCACGUUUCCUACGGCAGUCUGGGUUUGCCUACCAGCCCUCCUAACCACCAGCUGCUGCUCUCGUUCCUAUAUGUUCAGCUUGGGUUAUUUCAGUGCCUUUCCGUUGUACAAUCUGCUGCUUAUGCAUUGGUAUGGACAGUGUCAGUGUUUAUCUUUAGUGUCUGUAUGGCAGGGCUUUUGUGUGUGUGUGUUGGCAUGAAGGUGAUUUUCCUGAUUACAGUGCAAUGCGUCGGCGAGUGUACAAUGAGAAUGCAUUUAGCUAAAUGACCAAUCUUAGCAAGCGGGUAUUUGUCUCCUAAAGUAACCUUUUCCAAGUGUAAGCAUUGUAUUUCUAUUGGAUGGUGGAUGUAGUAUUGUUAGUGGGUUGUAUGUAUGGUCUAUAAGAUCAGAGCAAUUUUAAAAUGAUUGACUUUUUAAUUUAGCAUAUUCCUGUUGACCUAAUGAAUUAGUAUUGUUUCUGUGAUUAGUUAUACGCUUGUGCAUGUUUCUCAGGCAUUGUAAUGGUCAGAGGACAAGGUAUACAUUCAUUUCUUUCUGUUUUGGACUGAGGGGUUGCUUCAGUAUUUACGUUUUAUCAGCUCACGACAAUAACCAUUUUGCAUUUUGCAUCCUUGCAACACUGAUACCUCCUACAUCAAAUUGUAGAGGGAAAACUAGAGAUGAAUCAUGCUAUUUGUUUGCUUUUUAUGUCUUGGUUAAGAAUGGAACUGUUCUCUAAAUUCUCUAAACCGAUGAGAAUUUGCAUGUGAUACAAUAGGAAUAAAGACAUGCAUGGUGCAUGUAUCUCUUCA